UUUAUUGUUGUCCUUAUUUCUUAAUUGCUUCACCUGUAAUGUCGUCACAACUGUCAUCAGGUCUUAAUUCUUCUGCUUGCCUAACACAACGUUAGGCAGUCUCUGUCUGUCCUUAGCCUAUUUGCUUACCUAGGCAUACAUAUUAUUAUUAUUAUUAUUAUUUGUUGUUGCUGUUGUUCAUCUUCUUCCCCUUCUCCUUCCACCAGCUUCUUUUUCCUUUUCCUAUUCCUUUUCCUUACCCUACUAUUCUCAAUCAACUCGCUAUGGUCUUCCGACGGUAAACGUCACUCUAAUACCAAAAUUAUGGUGUCGUUCUGGCCUUGGAAGGGCCAUGACUCUUCCCCUUCUUCAUUCGAGAAGACAUUAUCAACCCUUUCCGACAGGAUCACAAAAACCACAACCAAGCUCGACAAGGCGCGAUCCAAUUCUCGCCGAAUCAAAAUUCUGUGGACCCUAUACCUUACAUUUGCUUAUCUCGUCUAUGCCAUCGUCUUGACCCUGGUGGUUGGAUGGCAGAAUUUAGGACCAUGGGAAUUUACUGGCAUGGCUGGCGGCCCCGUGGUGAUUUACCUAGUAAGAACAUUUACGAACGCAUAUUUCAGCUUUCGCAUCGACAACUUAGAGUCUCGUCUAAAGAGCCACCAAGCUGAGCGCGCAAAGACGAUCCAGAAAUUGAAGGAUGCUACUAAAUAUGACUCUACCCUAGAGCUACUAGAGAAAUAUGGAGGAACUGGUGAGAAGCGAACUCAACCUAAGAAGCAAGAGGAGGGAGCCGAUCACGGGAAAGGCCAGGCGAGAAAGGUGUCGAACACGUCGAACACAGGUUCUGUACCCCCUAGCGCAAGGAUCAACAUACCUCCUCCACCAACCGCCAACAUUCAGAGACCCUCUUAUGCUCCAGCCCUAGGCGCCAUCCCGCCCCGCCAAGAUCCCUCUCUCAUGCCACGUCCGCAUACGCCUUUAGACCAGCAACCAACGGAAGAGUUUGCGCCAAACGCUGGGCCACUCCCAUCCUUCUACGCCCAGUACGAUAUGAGCCCGGGCCCGCCCCGCUGGUAUGACCGAAUUAUGGAUCUUAUGCUCGGUGAAGAUGAGACGGCAUCGAAGAACCGUAUCGUUUUGAUUUGCAAAAACUGCCGAUUGGUAAACGGACAAGCACCCCCAGGAACCAAAUCUUUAACGGAUUUAGGGAAGUGGAGAUGCAUGUCUUGCCGAUCGUUAAACGGAGAGAUAGAUGAGGGUAAGAAGAUUAUCCGAGAGGUCCUCGAAUCAAAUCAGUCGAACGCCGGCCUAAGGAGCGAGGAUCGAGAUAGUGACAUAUCGAGCGACUUAGUCAAAGUCGAGAAUGAGAGCGAAAGUGCGGGAAAUACCGAUGGAGAGGCAUCUACUACAGAGCAACGAAACCUGAGGCAUCGAAACAAGAAGUCUCAGAUGAUCCCAUAACGCACACGGGAUUCUAAUCUCUUUAAUAUAUCAUUUGUGUUUCAUUUGUGCUGCCACUGCUUAACUCAUAUCGUAUACCUUUAUCGUGGGGAACAAGGACACUCUGAAAGUACUUAUAUAAGCACUCUCCCCUUGGUAGCCGAAUAAUGUUGCCCUUCUAUCAUAUCCCUCUACAUUCUUCCAGCUGUUCAUUCGAUUCUAAUAGCACCAAGAAACCUCUCUCGGCGGAUGCGAAGAGGUAUCAUCGUCUUAUAUACCCCCUUUUCCCACUUGCCAAGGAGCUUCCCUAAAAUACACUAUCAAAGACACUCGGUUUCAUAUCUUCAUGAUGUGUAUGAUGUGCAUGAAGCUCUUGUAACCCCGAUAUGUAUGUCUU